GGAGCAAUUAAGAAAUUUAGAAAUUGAAUUCUCGAAAAUUAUCGAUAAACAUGUUGGAAUACGAAAACCAAAUCUUCCUUGACAUCCUUCAGGAGGAUGGAUUAGUUAUUACUGCUAAGGGUCUUGGUAUAGAAACUGUUUUUACAAAUGUGAUAAAAGCUUAUUUGGAUCCGGGAAAUCUGGUUAUAGUUCUAGGAACCACUGAUUAUGAUGAGCGUUACUUUAUUGAUCUACUUAAAAGUUAUGGAACAAGUAGAUUACCAUUUGUAGUUAAUGCAGAAUGUUCUUCUAACGAAAGGGAAAUAAUGUAUUUGGAAGGUGGAGUGCUGUUUAUAUCGGGUCGUAUUUUGGUGGUAGAUCUGUUAAAAAAUAGAGUUCCACUGCACUUGGUCACUGGCAUUCUCGUCUAUAGAGCUCACAAUAUACUGAAUGCUUAUCAAGAAGCAUUUGCAUUGCGUUUGUACAGACAAAAUAAUAAGACUGGAUUUAUCAAGGCAUUCACAAGUUCGUCACUGGCUUUUACAGUUGGAUUUUUGAAAGUAGAACGAGUUAUGAAAGCUUUGUUCGUGAAGAAAUUAUAUUUAUGGCCGCGUUUCCACGCAACUAUUAAUAAUUGCUUGUCUAAGCAUGAGCCCGAUGUUAUAGAAUUACAUGUGCAGAUCACAACAAAGAUGCAAAACAUUCAAAGUACUUUGCUUGAUGUUAUGAAUUAUGUCGUAAAAGAAUUAAAGAGGCUCAAUAAAUAUUUAGAUUUAGACGAAUUGACUGUGGAAAAUGCAGUGGCAAAGAAAUUUCACAAGCAGUUACAUUUGCAAAUAGAUCCAAUUUGGCAUCAACUUAGUAUAACGACCAAACAAUUUUUUUCUGACUUAAAAACAUUACGUUCCCUUAUUAUAUCUUUGACGUACGAAGAUUCUGUUUCAUUUUAUGUCAUGCUAAAUCGUUUACGGACUAUGGAAUAUGCUAUGAAAGCCGGUGGUUGGAUAAUGUUGGAUGAAUUCGAGAAUCUGUUUAAGUAUGCCAGAAGCAGAGUUUAUACAGAAAAGAAUGAACUGAAACCAGAACCAAACCCAAAAUGGGAAGCUUUAUCAGAAGUCUUAUUUGAGAUUCAAGAACAGAAACAUAAGAAAAAAGAUUAUGAAAAUAUUGAUAAAGUUCUUAUCUUGGUACACGAUAAUCAUAUAUGUCGCCAAUUGAAGAAUUACUUAACUAUGGGUGCAAAUGAAUACUUACUUUAUGAAGCUCUGAAAAAACUAUCGCAUAAUAAAGAACAAAAGACAAGUGACGAUAGUAGAAAGAAAACGAAAGAUCAGCCAUCAACAUCUGAAAGUAACAUAGAUGAAGAAACGGAAGACACUCAAGAUACUUAUGUGCUCACCUUGUCGCAAAAAUGCGUAGAAGGAACUCAAUCCAAUACUUCUACAGAAGAUAUCAAACAUCAGACAUUGUUUGAAGAAUGUUCGCAAAUUGCAGAAUUGGAUUUGACUAGAGAACAUUAUGCAACAUCUGCACCUAUCGUUUUUAUACAAGCCAUAAAGAAAGGAGGAGAUCCAAUGGCCUUACAACGAAUGUUAACCGAGCAUAUCCCAAACAAUAUUAUUUUGUAUGCAACCGAUAUCGGCAUUGUGAGGCAAUUAGAGAUAUAUCAGAAUAAUAAUCCGUCAUUAAAUUUAAAAGUGUAUUUUUUAAUUUAUGGUGGAUCGAUUGAGGAACAAGAAUAUCUUACUUCCUUACGACGAGAAAAGGAAGCAUUUGAGUCUUUGAUUACUACGAAAAUUACCAUGGUUGUGCCAGAAAAUCAGGACGGCAAAUCGGAUGAUUGUUUGGCUUUUACAAUUCAAUCAGAUGAUGCAAAUCAGGAAAACACGCGUAAAGGAGGGAUGCAAUCUGAAGUCAAAAUAAUUCCAAAAGUUAUUGUCGAUAUGAGAGAAUUUAGAAGUGAGCUACCAGCUAUUCUCUAUACGCGCGGUAUAAAAAUCGAACCAGUAACAUUAGUGGUAGGUGAUUAUAUUUUAACACCAGAAAUAUGUGUUGAGAGGAAAAGCAUAUCUGAUUUAAUCGGUUCUUUACUUUCCGGGAGAUUAUAUAAUCAAGCAGUUUCCAUGACAAGGCAUUAUGCUAAACCUAUGCUUCUCAUAGAAUUUGAUCAAAAUAAACCAUUCUGUUUUCAGCAAGGACGAGAUCAGCCCGAUUCCAAUGUAGCUGCUAAAAUUGGAGCAGAUGAAGACACAGAAAACAAGCAAAUAAUAGUAGAAAAAUAUAAUCCUCACAUCCAAGAUUUUAUAGGUAAAUUACCGGGUGUACAUUCGAAAAAUUUGCGUGUCCUAUUAAAUAAAGGGAAAUCAUUAGAUCAUCUUAUCAAGCUAUCACAAGAAGAACUAAAAGAAAUACUUGGAAAUAAAAAUGAUGCUGAAUUAUUAUAUAAAGCUCUACACGAGAAAUGUUUAUCAACAGAUGAAGGUCCGGGAACUAGCAAAGUUUCUAAAGUACGUGGUAAGAAACUUUUCUCUAGAGUAAAAAAAUAAUGUAAAAGAUGUAUCUUGA